AUGCAAAGGUGGGCGCUUUUCCUGUCUGAUUAUAGUUACAGGAUACUUUACAGAUCUACAUAUCAGCAUGCUAACGCAGAUGCACUAUCCCGUCUUCCGCAAGGGCCGGAUGCAACUUUUGACUCUGAGGACAUCGCCUGUCUCCAGCUGGACCAAGCCGAAGAGGAGGCAGUAUCAGGUUUUCCAGUCUCGUCAUAUCAAGUGGCAAAGGAAACAAAGAAGGAUCCGCAGCUCAGGCAAGUGCUGUACCACGUGCAAACUGGUUGGUCCAGCGCGCAUAGGCGAACCAGGGCGCUGACGGAAUGGUAUAAGCUCCAACACAGGCUGUCGGUUAAGGGCGGCGUAUUAUUACUGGCUAGCGAUGAAGGAGUUAGGGUAGUGAUUCCGCAUAAGUUGCGACCAAAGGUAUUACGCCUUUUACAUGAGGGUCAUUGGGGUAUAGCCAGGACAAAGCAAGCAGCCCGCCGUUAUUGUUAUUGGCCAGGAAUAACCAAAGAUAUAGAGGAGAUGAGCAAGCAUUGCGAAGCAUGCCAAACUAGUCAGGCAGCGCCGAGAGCGGAUUUAAGCUCAUGGCCCCAACCCUGCGAGCCGUGGGACCGCAUACAUGUAGAUUUUGCGGGUCCUUUCUUAGGGCAUAUGUGGUUGUUAGUAGUGGACGCAUUGUCAAAUUAUCCGUACGUGAUGCGCAUGCAACACACAACUGCACCACAUACAAUAGAUGCUUUGAAGAAAGUUUUCGUAACAGAAGGCCUCCCACGAGUAUUGAUCUCCGAUAACGGCCCGCAGUUCAUAUCAGCGGAAUUUCAAAAAUUUUGUAAAAGUAGCGGGAUACAGCACAUUUUGGCUCCACCGUUCCAUCCUCAGUCAAAUGGAGAGGUGGAAAGAUUAGUGCAGACGUUCAAGUCAGCCAUGCUUAAAGCAACUAGAGCGGGUGCAUCAGUAGAGCAGGCGUUACUUAGCAUGUUGACCACCUAUAGGACGUUACCAAAUAUGUCAG